CAAAAAAGAUUAGAAACUUACCAUGAUACAAAGCUUAACAAUAAUGUAUCUUAUGAUCUGGAUGUUGUUGAACCUAAAACAAUACAAAAAGCAUUAUUUGAGUCUAUUCUAAAAAUUGGAAAUAAUGAAAUUGUUGAAAAUGAAAAUUCUGGUGUAGAAUUUUUAUACAAAAUAUCUACUAAUUCCUUAAAAAGUGAACCUCAUGAACUUGCAAAAACAAUUGCCAAAAUAAUAGGAUCUGCCGAUGGAUACUAUUAUAUAUAA